AUGGAUACAGAAACAAAGAUCUCAAAUGCUACGAGAAAGGAUGCACCUUCCCCAACCAAAUCCACACGAUCAUAUGUUGAUAUCCGCAGCAAGAGGCUCGAAGCUGCCAAGCAGCGUCAAAAGACUUCCACUGAUAAGUCUGUUGAGGAGACAGAUCUCCUACCCUAUCUCUUCUUUGGUCAGAAGAUCACUGCCACAAAGAUUACUGAGACAAAGAACCAAGUGAUCACUACUAAAAGAUCACCGUACUUUGCCAAUAGUGGUAGUAUUAAGCAAUCUCUGAAGGUCAAGGAUGAUGAGGAUGAGAUUAUGGAAGUGUCUGCACCAAAGACAUCCACAACGGAGAAGAAUAAAUUUUGGCAACAAGGACGCUUGUACUAUCCAACAAGGAAUAUUGUUGCCUUCAGCAGAAGAGGACUCAAUAUGUCAGGCUUUGGGAGCCCAAAGCCACCAUCCUCGACCACCACAUCCACGGAUGCAAGUGUGGGCAGAAAUAUGGAAAAUACCCCCCUGGAUAUUAUUCACAUCCCGGAGAACAAUAGCAGUGCAAAGUUAGUAACACUGAGAAGUACAGAUGCUGCACCCACACCCUUUGCUCUCGAUAAGUCCCCGCCGAAUCUCCAUGGAAUCAUCCUAGAAGUUCCUCCAUCAUCUCUUCCAGCUCUUGAUAUACAUUCACUAAAUCCUUCUUCAUCAGCUUUCAACGACAAGGAUGUCAAUCUUGUAAUCUUCACCAACAAAAGAGAUCAGGAUAGUAGUCCGUCCCCUUCUGAGGUCGCUCCUGUGAUAAAUGGAAGUGAAAUUCUCAAAAUCAAUCGAGAUUUGGCUCCAGAACCUACAACAGGAGCUCCUGACAUCACAAAGUCAAGCUCAGAAGGGACGGUAGAUGACGAAGAAGAUACAACAGUUUCUCUUACAAUUACUACUACCACAACCAGUACAACAACCACGACGACAACAACUACAACUACCACAACUCCAGUACCAACUACAACAACCCCUAAUCCACCCUCAUUAACUCCUCCGGAAAGUGGGGAGGAAGAUGCCAAUACUAGGGCCUACUCAAUAGUUCCUGGUAUCAAGGCAAUCUUUUCUAACAUUUCUACAGCAGCAUCCCUUCCACCAGACAAUGAGGAACCUAUUCGUAUUCCCAUUGUUUCCAGCACCAGCAAGAGUAUUAGUAAAACAAUAUUUUCUACUUCUGUAAGAUCUACGAGUGUUCCUAUGACAUCCAGUUCAACGCCCAGCUCCACUGAUGUGGACACCAUGACAUCCAUGGCCAGCACUGACGUUCCAAUUGAGACGACAACACCAAAGACCAUCAACAUUUCUGACCCUCUUCUUCCAUCUUUUUUCAACAUUUCAUCCAUUUUUCCCACCUUCCCGCCGAUAAUGGGACUACCUGGACAGAAUAUUUCAGCCACAAGGAAGUCCCCUACUACACCAGAUGGAGUUCUGUUGAGACGGAAUGGAGAUGUGACCAUUGAGAUGCACAGGAUGAAUAUGGCAGCUUAUGUUCUAGCUGGCUUGGGAAUGUUUCCCAUUGCCAUCAUUAUAAUCUACGUGGUGAGGAUGCUAAUACUGAAACGCGAAGCCAAACAAUCCAGUGAUCUCGAGAGAUACAUGAACGAUGGUCAGCCAAUAAGUCCUGUGGUUAAGAUGGAUGAUUCAUCGGGUGAAGAGUCAAUCAUGACAGAGAGGGAUUUCAAUCGCAACAAUCUGAGAUUCAAGAGUCUUCUUGGAGAAGGAAAUUUCGGACAAGUGUGGAAGGCAGAAGCUGAUGACCUGGCAGGACAUUUAGGCACAACAAGAAUAGUUGCUGUAAAGACUGAAAGAACAGAGAAUGGCUGUGGGGGUCUGAAUUUGGAAGCGGACAUUAUGCGAAAGCUGGGUAGUCAUCCGAAUGUAGUGACACUUCUUGGUGCUUGUAUAGAUCAAGAACCUCAUCUUCUUAUCAUGGAAUUUGCCAUGAGGGGACGAUUGCUCUCUCUUCUGCGUGCUGCCAGGAGUGCUGUUCACUCAGUGCCUCAAUCUACACCCAGCGGAACCAAGACUGCUUCUAUCCCAUUGUCUCCAAGAAGACUAUCCGGAUUUGCCCAUGACAUAGCUAGAGGAAUGGAGUACAUUGCUAGCAAAAGGAUUGUUCAUCGAGAUUUAGCUGCCCGGAAUGUCCUUUUGGAUCACAAUGGUGUCUGCAAGAUUUGUGACUUUGGAAUGUCCAUCGAUAUGGAUAAAUCCAAGCGUAUCCACACAUUGUAUUCCCGGAAGUCCAAUCUUAGGAGAUCGCAUAGCAGCAAUAGAUGUGGAGAGUCCCGAUUUCGAUUCCAGCCCUUCUCUACGCUGGAUACUAAGUUUGGGGUUUGUCGGAGUGAGAGUCAGACCUGUGGGAGCAAAGUAAGACCUGCUCUGCCCAUCAGAUGGAUGGCUCCGGAAGCCCUGCAAUACCACAUCUUCUCAACGGAGACUGAUGUUUGGGCAUUUGGGAUUGUACUCUGGGAAAUUGCUACCCUUGGAUGCACCCCUUAUCCCAAUCUAUCUGGGCGAGAAGUGGUGCGAAGUGUUCCAGCUGGAAUACGACCAGAAAUCCCUCCUGAUUGUCGUCCAGAGCUGUAUCAUCUAAUGUCAAAGACCUGGCGGAAGGAUCCUAGGCAGAGACCAUCCUUCUCUGAUGCUAGAAGUGAACUAGCUCAUGCCUUGCGCCAGUGGGAGAUUGAGCAGGAGAAUUCCUCAGAGUAUCUCGACGUUAGUGGCUUCAGUGAGGAUCUUGAGCACGGGAUGGUGUACUUUAAUAGGCGAAUAUCGGAAUUUGAAUGCGAUAUUUGACUUGAAACCCUAUCUGAUUGAAUUGCAGAACCUAGCCAGUUCUAAAGUAUUAGACAUGUUGCACACACAAGCUUAUUAGACUUUUGAAAAUUUUAUUCCUGUAAAUAGCAAAAAAAAAAUACAAAAAAAUCUGUAGUUCAGAAUUCUUCCUGGACUCUUUAUAAUUGAUCUUAAGAAAUUUUUCUUUACAACACACGCUAUGCUCUUAAUGUUAAGAUAGCAACAAAAUCUCUUUUAGAAAUAUCUAGUCUUCGGAGGUAAAGAAAAUAUGGAAGAAAUUUUAGAGUGAAUUGUAAGAUUUCCUGAGUCUGGAAAUAAUUUAAUGAAUUUUAAUACCUUCAUUAUUUAUUAAGUGAAUGAAUUUUAUUUUAUCUCAAAUUGUUGACGUUAAUCGAAUAAAUAAAAAAAAACUGUGAAAACAA